AUGGCUUCUUCCCUCUACCGCUUUCUCCAUGAAUUUUUCACCAAGACCGCCAAAACCCAAUUCCUUACUGCCAUCGCCAACGCCAAGUCCAUUGUUCCAACACCCAUCGCCGACGCCAACUCCAUCAUUCCAACACCCACUGCCGACGCCAAAUUCAUUGUUCCAACAUCCAUUGCCGACGCCAAAUCCAUAGUUCCAACACCCAUAGAUCCUGCAGCCAUAGUACCGGGGAAUCCUCCAAAGAGCGCAAGUAUCGGUCCCUCAUUUACAAAUAUUGAAUCUGUCGUACACAAGCUCAUCCGUGCUGGACACUUCUCAGCUAUUGAAGAUAUCCUCCAACACCAAAAAGUUUACCCAGAAAUGAAAAAUGAACGUUUCGUUGUACGACUCAUUUCGUUGUAUGGUAAAGCUGGUAUGUUCGAUCAUGCCCAGAAACUGUUCGAUGAAAUGCCUGACUUAAACUGUGAGCGUACAGUCAUGUCAUUCAAUGCUUUAUUGGCAGCUCGUGUUAAUUCGAAGAAAUAUGAUAAUAUUAGUGAGUUUUUCAGGGAAUUAACUGGGAAAUUAGCUAUUGUGCCUGAUGCUAUUUCGUAUAAUACAAUGAUCAAGGCAUUCUGCGAAAUGGGUUCAUUGGAUUCCGCGGUUUUGAUGAUGGUUGAAAUGGGGAAAAAUGGAGUAGAUCCUGAUGUUAUUACUUUCAAUACGGUUUUAGAUGGGGUUUACAAGAACAAUAGAUUUUAUGAAGCUGAAAAAAUCUGGAUUUUGAUGGAAAACCAGAAGGUGAUUCCGAAUGUUAGGAGUUAUAAUACGCGAUUACGCGGGUUGGUAGAAAACAAUCAGGUUGUAGAGGCUGAUAAAUUGUUUGAAGAGAUGAUGAAAAGGGGAGUAAGCCCUAAUACUUAUAGUCAUAAUGCGAUGAUUAAAGCUUGUGCAAAGGAUGAGAAUUUGGAAUUGGCUAAAAUUUGGUAUGCAAAGUUGAGGGGAAAUGGUUGUAUUCCUGAUCGUGCAACGUUCGUAUUUCUUAUUCCUCUGGCUUGUAAUAAGGAUGAUCCUGAUUUUGCUUAUGAACUGUGCAAGAAGUCUAUUGAUUUGAAACAAAAUAUUUAUACUAAUAUGAUGCAACGGGUUGUUAAUAUCUUGGUUGCACAUUCCAUGAUCAAAGAAGCAAAUGAGCUUAUGAAGUUAGGAAAGAAUUGUUACGACGGAAGGACUCAAACCCGAAAAUAG